AUGUUGGUUCAUGAUUAUGAACUUUUCCAAAUGAAAGAAGGAGAAUCCAUUGAGAAAAUGUUCGCAAGAUUCAGCAAAAUCAUUAGCGAUCUGAAAGCUUUUGAUAAACCCUAUUCAGGACCUGAGAAUGAUAUUGAUGACAAUCCGGAAGCUCUUGAAGAAGAAAUUGCUAUGGUAUCAAGAAACAUGGAUGGGUUAAUGAGAAGGUAUGGGCAUGUUCAAGCUGAAUGCCUGGAUCUUAAAAAAAAAGUCUCUAGAGGGUUCAGCAAAAAGAAAUCAUUCAGAAGUUGGAGUGAUGAAGAUAGUUCAAAACACGAAGAAAUAGCAAAUCUGUGCUUUAUGACUAUCCUGGAAAACGACAUGAACAAAUACUCUGGUUUCUGGACUGAUGAAGAUACAUUAGACAAUGAAUGCAAGAAAAACACUGAAAACUUUUUCAUGGCACGAGGUGAAACAAGCGAGGAACACCACAAAAAGAGCUGCAAAGGAAAAUGGUAUUUAGACAGUGCGUGCUCUAGUCACAUGACGGGUGACAAAAAUCUGUUCAAAGAAGUUACAAAAAUAAAUGGUAGAAAUAUCAAAUUUGGUGAUGAUUCAAAAGGAAAGAUAGUUGGUACCGGUACAGUUCCAUUUGGAAAUAAUUGUGAUAUUACAGAGGUAUAUCUUGUAGAUGGACUCAACUACAAUCUUUUGAGCAUAACUCAGCUUUGUGAAUCGAUAUAUGAAAUAAAAUUCAAGAAAACAGGAUGCGCCAUUAACGAUGAAGCAGGUAAAAUUAUUCUUCCAGGAAAAGGUAUGGAAAUGUUUAUAUUCUUGAUGGCAUUGAAAAUCUAG